UCAUUCAUUAUCAGGUUUCCAAGAUGGCCGCUUCCUCCUAGCACUUGUCUCGUAGGCCGAAAGGGGUUGGGGCAGUUGGGGUUUUUGGGCUGUUUGACUUAACGCACUCGUGAAUUUCUUCCGUACUCUAAGAUGCGCGUAUCCCGUAAGACAUCUGUGUGCCUGUCGCUGCUGUGCCUCUGGUUGAACUUGGUCGGACAAUGCUUAGCCCUGGAGCCAGUGUCGACGGCGUUCGCCGUGGCCACCGGCCUGGGAAUAUCCUUCAUGUACGCCGGAUGGAACAUGCUCAAGUGUAAACACGCCGAGUGUUGUUCACCGCCCUGGGUCAAAGACAACGUCAAAGGCUUGGAGAACACGCUGCGGGCGCGCUUGCACGGCCAGCCUCUGGUGCACCGCGCCAUUGUGCGGGCGGUGAAGGACCACCUUCAGAACCCAGCCCCCAAGAAGGCGCUGGUUCUGUCGUUCCAUGGCUGGACCGGCGGCGGCAAGAACUAUGCCAGCUCCAUGCUGGCCGAGGCCCUCUACGAGAAGGGCAUGAACAGCAAGUAUGUCAGCCUGUAUGUCUCCACCAAGCACUUCCCGCACCAGGAUGAGGUUCCCAAAUACAGGAAAUCUCUGCAGAAAGAAAUAGAGGCCAAGGUGAAAGAGUGUGGCCGGACACUGUUCAUCUUUGACGAGAUCGACAAGAUGCCCAACGGCCUCAUCGACAUCAUCAAGCCGUACCUGGACUUCCACGAAAAGCUCGACGACGUCGACUACAGGAAGUCCAUCUUCAUUUUCCUCAGCAACACGGCCGGCGACGUGAUAGCGAGGGCUACCCUGGACGCCUGGAAGGACGGCAUCGACCGCAGCAAAGUCCGGCUUAACGACAUGGAAAGGGUCAUCGAGCUGGGCAGCUACAAUGAAAAAGGGGGCCUGUACCGUGCGGACAUUGUGGACAAAAACCUGAUCGACGUGUUCGUGCCCUUCCUGCCGCUGGAGCGCAAGCAGGUGGUGGCCUGCGUGAGGGACGAGUUCAAGCGCCGCAGCCGUACCACCAACGACCGGACCCUGGAGGAGAUCGCCGACGAGCUGGACUACAUCCCCUCCGACUACAGCCUCUACUCCUCGACAGGCUGCAAGAAGAUCCACCAGAAGGUGGCCCAGCACCUGGGCUUCCAGGAGAAGAUCUGAGGCCCCAAGGGCCGCCCCGACAACCUUGUGCCUCGCUUGCCGUGCCUUUGGGUUGCGCCGCGACCCAGUUUUUGGAGUCGUGGGAUGUUUGUUUGUUGUUCCCUUCUUGUGCCGUGCGGUGAAUCGUGUGGUGUGCACGAGCUGGAUGCUCAUAACAAGCAUGCUGGAAUCGUUCCAAAAAUAGAUAGCGGAGAAGACAAAAAUGCUGCGCGUUUUUGUGCGAUUGAUAUGGGUCUGGCGGGUGCUUGCGAAGGCGGUUACUAGGUUCGAGCUUGUUGUGGUUGGAACAAAGCCCCGCUUCGUCGACUGUCGCAGUCCUACAGGGUCUGUCGAGCAUCUCGACAAUGACAUUCUCUUCCACACCCGGUGGAUAAGCACGAAAGCUGGUACUGUUAAGCGAAUAGGAUUUCCUACUACAAUCACUUUCAGUAACGUAUGUUACGAAAAGCAAAUUGUUAGUCUGGAAACGAUUUUUAUGCCUCUCUGUAGAACAUAUCUGGUAGUUCCUCAUUGUGAUAGAUUUACUAGCUCGUUUUUCCUUGUUUACUGUUUUCGGCAUAUAAGUACAUAAUUUGUAGCCGCACUUUUCAUUGUGUGUACCUUAGUAAUUUAUGACAACGAAUUUGUUAGGACAGAGUGGUGCAGCUACGAGCACAAUAGGGAGUGCGACAUUUUGAGACACCAUCUGGCUGCAAGCUAGUCAUGCGCCCAACUGUUCUCGGAUAUUAAUUCCCAGGGACGCGACCCCCUGGAGUUGGGUGAGUGGCGUAUUUUUAUAUGGGCACCCGAAAGCCUCUGAAGAGCAGCUCAAUAUUUUUCCCUGUCAGUUUGUUAGUAUUGUACAGAAAACUGUGGGCCAAUAAAAAUUGAAUGUUUGGCCGAAA